ACUGGCGGGGGGAGGGGUGGAGUUUAGAGGAAGCGGAAGUGUCAGAGCAGGCGGAAGUGGUACUGCCCUGAAUACCCUGAGCAGCGAGCGGAGGACGGCUUGAUAAACUCCCAUCGUUUAGAGAAUAAAAUCGGGAUUCCUUGCACGCUCGAAAUCCUAAAAAAUGGAUAAGAACGACCUGGUGCAGAAAGCCAAGCUGGCCGAGCAGGCCGAGCGCUACGACGACAUGGCGGCUGCCAUGAAGGCGGUGACGGAGCAGGUCCCAGAGCUCAGCAACGAGGAGCGCAACCUGCUGUCUGUCGCCUACAAGAACGUGGUGGGGGCCCGCCGCUCAUCCUGGCGCGUCAUCUCCAGCAUCGAGCAGAAGACGGACGGGAACGAUAAGAAACAGCAGAUGGCUCGCGAAUACCGUAUGAAGAUCGAGACUGAACUCCAAGAAAUCUGCAACGACGUGCUGGAUCUGCUCGAAAAAUUCCUCAUUGCAAAUGCAACUAUGGCGGAGAGCAAGGUGUUCUACCUCAAAAUGAAAGGAGACUACUUCAGAUACCUGUCAGAGGUGGCCUCUGGAGACUCAAAGAAGAACACGGUGGACAGCUCUCAGGAGGCCUACCAGAACGCCUUCGACAUCAGCAAGAAGGACAUGCAGCCCACACACCCCAUCCGGCUGGGCCUGGCCCUCAACUUCUCCGUGUUCUACUACGAAAUCCUCAACUCGCCCGAGCAGGCCUGCGCUCUGGCCAAGCAGGCCUUCGACGAGGCGAUCGCUGAGCUCGACACCUUGAACGAGGACUCGUACAAAGACAGCACGCUGAUCAUGCAGCUACUAAGGGACAACCUCACUCUGUGGACAUCAGAAAACCAGGGAGACGACGCCGACGCCGGGGAUGGAGAGAACUAGAGCGCACUUCACUGUUACCCCCCCCCCCCCCCCCCCCCCCCCCCCCCCCCCCCCCCCAACUCUCUCCCUCCUCCUUUUAUCUCUCUCCCUCUUUCUUCUCUUCUUCCUCUCUUCGUACACAUACAGCCCGUUCAUUCCCCCCCUCUUUCAGCUCCGGCCUCCCGACCUCCUUCUGUAUAACCAACAGCAUGAAUAGCACCUGACCUUCAGACAGAUAUAUAUUUAAAUCCAAAAAAUAGGGGUGGUGGGCUAAGAGAAAGUACUCCAUCUCCCAACGAUCCCCCCCCCCCCCCGAUCACUCCAAGGUAAACCUUAUAGCACGCACAGAGGUUUUUUUUAUCCAAAAACAAUGAAAUAAAUGAAUCUCUUAGACUCCCACCUCCUCCACUCCCUCGUUUAAUCUUCCUCCUCCGUUCUUCUCCCCCCCCAGUGAGUUAAUGCACAUAUAUAGUCGUACCCUGCCCCCCUUCCCCCUAAAUCUAUUGAGUUAACGCACUUCUAGUGACCCCCUCUUCCUCCCCCUCCUAUAGUGAGUUAACGCUCUCAUGUAGUCAUCCUCCCCCCUUCUCUUUUGGCUUUUCUUAGUGUUACCGGCAUAUGGCUGGUUUUAUUCCACUUUAAACAAAACAAAAGAAAUUAUUAAACUGUCUGUUUAUUUUCAACAAACACUGUGAUGCUUAGUUUUUCCUCCACUUUGCCACCAGAUCCUGGGGAUAAAACAUCUGUGGGGUGUGGGGGGGGGGUGUGUGUUUGAGCAGCAGUGCCAUUCUGCUGAGGUUUAUACAGAAGGGUCCUACAAGGCUGUAUUGUGACACUGACGCAUCUAAAACAGAACCUGCUGUGUAAAGCAUUUUUUAUUAUUUUCUAACCCCAUUUAUAUUCUGUUCGGAAACUGAUCUGAAAACGUAUUAAAAACAUUCCCUGGAUGUUGGAGAAGCCUGCUCCCGUGGAUCCCUGAAGUUCAUUUUUGAUUGCCUAUUUUCUUCCUCUUCCUGUGUGUAACAAAUCAAACUCUUCUUUUCCAUUUUUUGAGAACUGUAAAAUUGUAAAACAUUUUUCGAGUGUAACUGUAAAUCUGUCUUUUGGAGAGCGGUUGGUCGAUGUUGUCCGUUAACGUGAAGCCACUUCAGUCCGCUGCCGCUUGCUUUGGACACUUUUGACCACAUUACUUUAUUUGGUACUUAUAUAUCUCCUUUUCAACCCCAAAACUCUUCUUAUAUCCGUCACUGACACAGUUCCCACUCGCUGCUGAAUGGUCUGAUCCGCCGACGAGAUGCAAGCUGUCAUUUAUCACCGUGUAAAUGUACCGCAACCAUCGGGGGGGUGUGGUGUAACAGUCUGUGGAUCGACAAUUUCCUGCUUCCUCAUUUCCAAAAUAGAAAUAACAGUUGGGUAUUGUUCCUCUAAAGGGAUCAAGAUAAGAGCAUCAGCUAACUGCCUGACAAAUAAAAUAAAACUAUCAUUAAAAUGGCAAGAUAAUUCUAUUUUGAACGAGCUCAAACAAUAUAGGAAAGUUAUUAAAAAUGUAGUUACAAUUCAAGAUAUGAAUAGUUGUUGGAUUUAUGAAAAGGCAGCGGCAAAAAUAAAAGUAUUCAGCCUUGCUUAAAAGAGGUGAGUUUUGGGGUUAUUUGAUCCAGAUAUAUGGAGCAGAAUGGCUAAAUGCUACUUGGAUUACUAACUACGAAAGCUGUAACCCGAUCAAGAGCAACGACUCCUCUGAUAAAAAUCAAUGAGGCAACAGCGUUUUCCCUCAGCGCAGUUAAGAAUCCUAAAUAUGAGCAGCAGUUAGCGAUUGUUCCUCUAAAGGGAUCAAGAUUAGAGUAUCAGCUAACUGCCUAAAAACAUGAAUUUAGUCUAGCGUUAAUGGGGGCUGUGGCGCGGUGGUUGAGUGUGCCGAUCAUCAGACCAGGGAAGCACCAAUUCAAUCCCGCCUCGACCGUUGCAGUCAGCAUGCGGCCGUGUUGCUCCUGUGGGUAUUCCCCCAGUAUUACAUGUCUAAUAUAUGUAAUGUAAAGCACUUUAAGAAUUUGGAAAAGCGCUAAAAUAAAUACCAUACAUUUGUAUUAUUAAAACUCCUUCUUGAGCUUGAAUAAACAGGCAAACCAAAUGUAAUCUCAGAGCUGGACGUUGGAUUAAUAAGAGACAAAGGUGUAACCAAAUCCAACAAUGUGAUUCUUUAAAAAACUAAAAUGAGGAAGCGGGGGUUUCCCUCGCCGCAGUUUGAGUUCACACAGGUAUGUUUGUUAAGGAGCCACAUGUCCCAGCAGCCGAUCAGUCAAUCAUCUGUGAGUGGAGAGAGCCUGUCGUCGGAUUGGUUAAACUCUUCAGGCUGGAGGUCAUAAACUUGCGUAUGUGUCCAUGUUGCCUUUUUUAGAUUAAACUCUCCGAAAAGUGCUCAAUCGGCAGUUGACGGUACAUAUUCUGGAUCUGAUCUUAUACAAUUGUGUCGAUUUAACUGUUAAAGUUUCUCUUGUUUAAAAGGCGAGAUACUGUACGUGUUCAAAAGCGAUUGGAACUUUGAGAAACAUCGGAUUUUGGAAAAGCAAAAGCCCCUCUUCUUUAAAUCUAUAUUUUCUCCACUCAGUGUCACAAUAACCUUGUCACUAACAUCUCGACAUUCCACUCUUUAGGUGUAGAAAAGUCAUGUGUCUCAAUGUUUUAUUUUCCUUUGCUGGGGACAUGUUUUCAUGCACUGAAGUUUAAAAGGUUAAAAAAGAAUUCCUCCCUGCCGCUCUUUUACUCGUUAGCUGAACAAAAAGGCAGUUAUUCUACGCUUUCUAAGGAAGAAAUGAUCCCAUGCAGUAGUGAAUGUGGCACCGAGCCUGUCUGUAUAUCUGGUAUCUCAAAUCAUUUUGUUUUUACUGACCAGUAUUAUGCUUAAAAUAAAAAG